AUGGUGUACCUGCAUCAUUUCUACUACAGAAAGUAAAUGUAAUAUUCAAUGGAGUGGUACUAAAUUAUCAGAUUCCAUUCUUGUGCAGCCUUCCUAUUUGGACCAUACAAUGGAUGUAAGCUGUUGUGAUAUGGAGGAGCUGGGAAUCUGAUGUAUUUUCCCCACAAUUAUCUAGCUCAAAUAUUUACAGUACUAUCCUGUAAUGGCUAUGCAAGAGCCUGGCAGGACCAAAGGCUUCCCUUGCAAACACUGUGGCAUAGUGUGCUCCAACAUGCCAAGCCUUCUGGAACACAUGGAUAGUCACUUCCAGCAAGAGGAAGAUCGCAAGUUCAAAUGCGAUGAAUGUGGGCGGUGCUACAGGCAUGCAGGUAGCUUGGCUAACCACAAGAAAACACACGAGUUGGGUUCUUUUCAAUGUCCAAUAUGUGCUAGGAAGCUCUCAAACCCUCUGGCCCUGAAAAGCCAUCUGCGCAUCCACACAUCACAGAAGAAGUACUCCUGCAUGGACUGUGGGAAGGCCUUUAGGUUAGCUACUCAGCUGGCCACCCAUCAAAAGGUCCAUCUCUCCAGGCAAUCAAAGAGGAGUGCCGCUGCAGAAUAUUCUCCAAUUGAGAAUAGAGAUGAAAUUGAGGAUAAUGAUGACCUUGAUAAGCAGUCGGUCUUGGUGGCUGACCAGGAAGACACAAGGAUGGAUAUUAUGUCUGAUAAUAGCCUUAGCCAGGAGGAGGCAGAGGUUAUCCCCAACUCAGCAAAUGAUAGUGAAAACCUAGGCUUCAAAGCAGGGGAUCGACCUUUCAAAUGUGAUCAGUGUGAAAAGUCAUAUAGACACCAUGGAAGCCUGAUCAAUCAUAAGAAGUCUCACCAGGUAGGGAUGUUUGAGUGCCCUGUCUGUUUCAAGCAGUUCAAUAAUCUUGCUGCCCUCCAUAGUCACCAGAGAACCCACAACAAGUCCAGAAGUGGGCCAGACACCCGUUCCAUGGAAGUCACUUACGCAGGCACAACACCAGAGCAGUUUUCACCCCUGAACAGGGAGGCUCCAGUCCAUUUCUGCCACCUGUGUCAAGUGAUGUUUCCUAAUGAUGAUGAGUUCCAGGAACACAUCCAAAUGCAUAAUUCUUCCUCUAUGUCGUUUGGGCACAAUCAAGGUUUAUCUGAGGAUCAUCAUGUCUCUUAUGACCUUAGUGUCACUCCUUCUCCUGACUCAAACUUUUAUUCACCACCUCUAAACAAUACUCCAUCAAUGGAUCAUCAGGGGGAGCAGAUCAAUGAUAUUCAAAAAUACUCUGACCACUCCAGUAACGAAUCCACCUUAAAUACUCAGGGAAACCCCUUAAUCUUGGAUUCAGAGAUUUCUGCUGACGAUCUAAGUAAGGCAGAGCAGUCCUCAGUUACAGAAAACGGUGAGCGCCGCUUCAAGUGCCAGGUCUGUGGCAAAAGCUACCGGCAUGCAGGGAGUCUCAUCAACCACAAGCGUUCUCAUCAGACGGGCAUUUACCAGUGUUCCAUCUGCCGCAAGACUUACCCACACAUGGCUGCCCUCCACAGCCAUGUCCGCAUCCACAGGGCCCAUUCGUCCUCCUUCAACCUCGGUUCUGAAGGAGACUGGCUCUCUUCUGAGCCCCUAACGCUGGAGAACCAGCAGGCCUGCUUUUCCUCUCAGGAGGGUGAUGCUAGCAGUAUGAUGACUCUCGCUCAGGAGAACACGAGUGAACAAGGCAAUGGAGGAUCAUGCCAUGUGCAGUUUGACUCCGCCUUUCCCCAGGACAGAACUGUGCACCUACCUCACAACGAACACCUGAUGGAGAGUCACAUGUGCGCAGACUGUGGUGAAACAUUUGCAGACAUCGCAGGAAUCAAGUCGCACAUAUGCCCCCUGCUACAACAGCAGCAAGAUGCCGUGUCAAAUGACUAUGACAGUAACUUAACCUUCCUGGACACUAAUGGCCAAUGCACCAUGGGAAAUCCAGGAGAUCAUAUAGAGUUCCAGGGACUGAGUGGCAGCCCUAGACAAAGGUACUUUGGUGAACACAACUUCCAUGAAGGCCUGAAUGGGGAGCAGUUAAAUGGUGGUGAUGGCAAAGAUGAAGAGGAUGAUGACGGAGAGCUCUAUCAGUGCUCGGCGUGUGGGAACCGCUACACAAGCAUGAGGGCUCUGAGGAGCCAUCUUCGUGGCCACACUCAAUCCCAUGGUACUCCUACAAGCUCCGGCCCCUCCUCCAUGUCCUCCCUAGAGGCUGAAAAAGAAGAGGACCCUGGCGAGAGACAGCAGAUGGAUGGGGGUCUGAUGAUCUGCAGUACUUGCGGAGAGAGUUUUGCCAAGAAGCAGGACAUGCUUGCCCAUCAGCUCUUACACAAUAAAGCACAGGCAGAUGAUGCUAAACACGUACAUAUGGACAAUAGUGAUGGAAUUAGGCACAAAGAGGAGGUGGACAGCAUAAUCUGUGGACAUUGUGGUAUAUUUUGCACCAGUUACCAUCAUCUUGAGACCCAUCAAUGUACAACAAAUGGGAAAAGUGAAUCUGCAAACUGUGUUGAAAAAACCGAAAUGGGCGACUCUGUCAACAGUAAAGAAUUAGGACACAUGAAAGAGAAUUUAAACAAUGGAGAUCGCCAGUACAAGUGUGAUCAGUGUGGAAGACUAUACAGACAUGCUGGCUCCCUUCUCAACCAUAAAAAGUCCCACAAAACGGGAGUAUUCCGCUGCAUGGUUUGCCAGAAGCGCUUCUACAAUCUACUGGCCCUUAAGAACCAUCAGAGGACCCACUUUGAUGUUAAGAGGUAAUUUCUAAACCUAAUUGCUAACACAGAGAAAUAAAUAAGCAGAGAACCUAUAGUGUAUUAAACAUGCGGGAGAUGCAAUUAAUUGUACUAUUACAUUUCAAGGUUUAGGUUAUUGCAUUGUCCAUGAAGAGAAUUACCCAGUGCUUGUAAACUAAUCCAAGGAUACACUGCCUGUACAAUUGGUAUUGUCUACAUUCAGGGCUCUAAAUUAACAUGUUUCAUUGGUAGCACAAGUUAGGAGCACAACAUACAAUCUAGGAGCACCAGAAGAUAGAUAGAGACAUAUUUGUUUUAAUUGAUUGAGAUAUAGCAUAUGAAUUCUAGCUACUUUUGAAGACCUUUAAUAUAAAAAGCUAAAAUAUUGAUACAAAAACCUGUUGUUGAAAUUGCAAAGUCAUUGGUGGAAUAUUAUGUUUCUUCAUUGUGUACUAGCUGUUGAGGUAGUCAUGCGACGACAUGCAAUAGAUCACGCGUUCAUUCAGUGCUAUGAUCAUUGAUCUUCUAAAGAAGCUAUCCCAUUUUUUUCUUUCUGUCUGUGCACCCAAAUGUUUAGAUAUACUGGUAAAGUAACCAGGCUGUUGGCUAGCAAGCUAAUGAGGUAAUAUGACUGAGCAAGGUGUAAACAAAUGCCUGUGAGUGGUUUUGGAACGACCCGCGACAUGGUUUAUGAACGGGGCCUAAAAUUUAACUUUUUAGUCCACCAGCCACUGUGGCAGGUAGAUGAAAAAAUCUACCAGACACUCAGAAUUCUUACCAGCCAAUAGUAUUUAUCUCCAUAAUAACACCGAAAGCCACACACAAAAAAAAGGUUUUCUCGGUUUUGUUUUUCCAGGUUUUGGAUUUUUUUUGUAGAAAAACAACAGUUGGAUGUUCUAAGUCCACAACAAUGCUUAAACCACACCAGGAGACCACUUUUCUUUCAUUUUAAUUGCUCACUUCAAGAGACUGGUGUUUGGCUGGUGGUGUUUCUGUACUGCAUGCGCAGUAGCAGAGUUUGCAAAACAAAACACUACCCGAUUGAUACAAAUCAUCAUGAUAUCAUUCUGCCAGCUAAGCCUACUUUGCAGAAACAUUUGAAUUUGGAAACUUUAAUGGGAAAGCCUCGGCAUUGCUAACUGGCUACACAAAGUGGUAUGUUGUUACAUCUUCAGAAAGCUGCAAGAAAUACAAAUCACUGAUGCAUUCUUUAAUAUUAUUUACAUGUAGGCUUUGGAUUGAACGAAUCUGCGCUCGUUUUGUUUCUCUAAUCAAAUCAAAUCAAAUUUUAUUGGUCACAUGCGCCGAAUACAACAGGUGCAGACAUUACAGUGAAAUGCUUACUUACAGCCCUUAACCAACAGUGCAUUUAUUUUAAACAAAAAAGUAAGAAUAAAACAACAACAAAAAAGUGUUGAGAAAAAAAGAGCAGAAGUAAAAUAAAGUGACAGUAGGGAGGCUAUAUAUACAGUAAAAUAAAGUGACAGUAGGGAGGCUAUAUAUACAGGGGGGUACCGUUGCAUAGUCAAUGUGCGGGGGCACCGGCUAGUUGAGGUAGUUGAGGUAAUAUGUACAUGUGGGUAGAGUUAAAGUGACUAUGCAUAAAUACUUAACAGAGUAGCAGCAGCGUAAAAAGGAUGGGGUGGGGGGGCAGUGCAAAUAGUCCGGGUAGCCAUGAUUAGCUGUUCAGGAGUCUUAUGGCUUGGGGGUAGAAGCUGUUGAGAAGUCUUUUGGACCUAGACUUGGCACUCCGGUACCGCUUGCCGUGCGGUAGCAGAGAGAACAGUCUAUGACUAGGGUGGCUGGAGCACUCUGAUACAACUGCACAGUGAAGCCAAUCAUUACAACAAUUAUUAUCCGGGCAAAUUUGUACCUGGUCGCACUGCAAAAUAUCCAGGAGCACUUUAGAGCUCUGUCUACAUUGCAGUAAUGUAUUUUGUGUUUUGUCAUAACUUCAUUCAUGCUCAAAUGUUCUGUGCUUUGUAAACAUAGGAUUAACCUCUCUCUUUGUCUCCUCUUCUAGACAUACUUGCAAUGAAUGUGGGAAGGCAUUCAAGAUACAGAAGCAGCUAUUGAACCACCUAAGAAUUCACAAGGAGAACCAUGCCAAAAUACAGGAGCUCAACAACCAGAUUCAGGCCCUCAUGCAGAUGAAUGGGACGAGGUCAGAGGGAGGAAUGCACUUGUUAAAUGCACCUGCCAAUCAAGCCACCACCACCCACAAAAAGCGUAGGCCAACCCUCAACAGAGAGAAACCAAGCGUGGAGGAGGGGGUUGAGACUGGAGUCCAAUCAGUGGAAGCAGGCGACCCUCGCCCCUACUCCUGUGACCAAUGUGGGCGAACGUAUCGGCACGCAGGAAGUCUGGUCAACCACAAGAACUCCCACAAGACCGGUGAAUACUACUGCUCUGUUUGUAACAACACCUACUCCAACCAACUGGCUAUGAAGAACCACCUGCGCAUCCACUUCUCAGUUAAAAAGCACAGUUGUCAAGACUGUGGUAAGGCCUUUAGGGGAAAGAAGCAGUUGUCUAGCCAUAUUUGCACACACCUCAGAAAGGAUAUGCCUGGAGGGGUCAGGGGAAGAGGUCGCAGACGAGCAAGAAACAUUACAUGUAAUCAGUGCAGACUGACGUUUAUAUCUGCUGAGCAGCUGACAGCCCAUACCUGUGGGUCACUGGCAAACUCAUCAGAGGGCAGUGAUGGACAAACGAGUAUGUCCUUGAAAAGGGAGGAGCGACCAUUCACCUGCAUCAUCUGCAAUCGCAGCUACCGCCACGCAGGCAGUCUCCUGAAUCAUAAAAACACUCAUAAGUCUGGCCACUUCAGCUGCACUUUCUGCUCCAAGCCCUUCUCUAACCCCAUGGCGUUACGCAACCACACACGAAUCCACACACAGAAGAAGAAGCACGUCUGCCUAACCUGCGGGAAGGCGUUUCGGCUGGCCAGUAUCCUCCAUAACCACCAGAAGGUCCACACCAGGGUGGCCAGCCACUUCAGCUGCCCAGAAUGUGGCAAGACCUUCCAGGGCAAAUCUGGGCUGAAGAGGCACCGCUGCCGGGGGGGUCAGGAUGACUCGGCUAGAGCUGGUGACAGCUAUCACAGAGAUAGUGGAGACAAGUGCUUCACGUGAGUUACUUGUUUCAUAAUCAGCUCAUUAUGUAAGGCAUGUUUCUUUUUCAUGGAUAUUAUUAGAAUGAUCCCCCUUUUUUUAGUCUUCUGUUUUCAUGGCUUUAACACUGGAACCACUGAGCCUUGAGGGACUGCCUUCGAGCUAAUGAGCAGUCAUUCUGAUUGCAACAUUCUAACAACAGUGUAAUUAAUACAUUUCAUAUAUACUAUGGCAAAAAUAAUGAAGGUUUUAGGUAACGUUAGAAUAUAUAUACAGUACCAGUCAAAAGUUUGGACACCUACUCAUUCCAGGGUUUUCUUUAUUUUUGUACUAUUUUCUACAUUGUAGAAUAAUAGUGAAGACAUCAAAACUAUGAAAUAACACAUAUGGAAUCAUGUAGUAACCAAAAAAGUGUUAAACAAAUCAAAAUAUAUUUUAUAUUUUGAGAUUCUUCAAAGUAGCCACCCUUUGCCUUAAUGACAGUGUUGCACACUCUUGGCAUUCUCUCAACCAGCUUCACCUGGAAUGCUUUUCCAACAGUCUUGAAGGAGUUCCCACAUAUGCUGAGCACUUGUUGGCUGCUUUCCCUUCACUCUGCGGUCCGACUCAUGCCAAACCAUCUCAAUUGGGUUGAGGUCCGGUGAUUGUGGAGGCCAGGUCAUCUGAUGCAGCACUCAUCACUCUCCUUCUUGGUAAAAUAGCCCUUACACAGCCAGGAGGUGUGUUGGGUCAUUGUCCUAUUGAAAAACAAAUGAUAGUCCCACUAAGCGCAAACCAGAUGGGAUGGCGUAUCGCUGCAGAAUGCUGUGGUAGCCAUGCUGAUUAAGUGUGCCUUGAAUUCUAAAUAAAUCACUGACAGUCUCGCCAAUAAAGCACCCCCACACCAUGCUUCACGGUGGGAACUACACAUGCGGAGAUCAUUCGUUCACCUACUCUGCGUCUCACAAAGACACAGCGGUUGGAACCAGAAAUCUCAAAUUUGGAGUCAUCAGACCAAAGGACAGAUGUCCAUUGCUCGUGUUUCUUGGCCCAAGCAAGUCUUCUUCUUAUUGGUGUCCUUUAGUAGUGGUUUCUUUGCAGCAAUUCGACCAUGAAGGCCUGAUCCACACAGUCUCCUCUGAACAGUAGAUGUUGGGAUGUGUCUGUUACUUGAACUCUGAAGUAUUUAUUUGGACUGCAAUUUCUGAGGCUGGUAACUCUAAUGAACUUAUCCUCUGCAGCAGAGGUAACUCUGGGUCUUCCAUUCCUGUGGUGGUCCUCAUGAGAGCCAGUUUCAUCAUAGCGCUUGAUGGUUUUUGCUACUGCACUUGAAGAAACUUUCAAAGUUCUUGACAUUUUCCGGAUUGACUGACCUUCAUGUCUUAAAGUAAUGAUGGACUGUCAUUUCUCUUUGCUUAUUUGAGCUGUUCUUGCCAUAAUAUGGACUUGGUCUUUUACCAAAUAGGGCUAUCUUCUGUAUACCAACCCCUACAUUGUCAUAACACAACUGAUUGGCUCAAACGCAUUAAGAAGGAAAGAAAUUCCACAAAUUAACUUUUAAGAAGGCACACCUGUUAAUUGAAAUGUAUUACAGGUGACUACCUCAUGAAGCUGGUUGAAAUAAUGUCCAGAGUGUGCAAAGCUGUCGUCAAGGCAAAGGGUGGCUACUUUGAAGAAUCUCAAAUAUAAAAUAUAUUUUGAUGAAACACUUUUUUGGUUACUACAUGAUUCAAUGUACACUGCUCAAAAAAAUAAAGGGAACACUCAAAUAAAUGAAUGAAAUAAUCUUAUUAAAUACUUUUUUCUUUACCUAGUUGAAUGUGCUGACAACAAAAUCACACAAAAAUUAUCAAUGGAAAUCAAAUUGAUCAACCCAUGGAGGUCUGGAUUUGGAGUCACCCUCAAAAUUAAAGUGGAAAACCACACUACAGGCUGAUCCAACUUUGAUGUAAUGUCCUUAAAACAAGUCAAAAUUAGGCUCAGUAGUGUGUGUGGCCUCCACGUGCCUGUAUGACCUCCCUACAACGCCUGGGCAUGCUCCUGAUGGGGUGGCGGAUGGUCUCCUGAGGGAUCUCCUCCCAGACCUGGACUAAAGCAUCCGCCAACUCCUGGACAGUCUGUGGUGCAACGUGGGGUUGGUGGAUGGAGCGAGACAUGAUGUCCCAGAUGUGCUCAAUUGGAUUCAGGUCUGGGGAACGGGCGGGCCAGUCCAUAGCAUCAAUGCCUUCCUCUUGCAGGAACUGCUGACACACUCCAGCCACAUGAGGUCUAGCAUUGUCUUGCAUUAGGAGGAACCCAGGGCCAACCGCACCAGCAUAUGUUCUCACAAGGGGUCUGAGGAUCUCAUCUUGGUACCUAAUGGCAGUCAGGCUACCUCUGGCGAGCACAUGGAGGGCUGUGCGGCCCCCCAAAGCAAUGCCACCCCACACCAUGACUGACCCACCGCCCAAACCGGUCAUGCUGGAGGAUGUUGCAGGCAGCAGAACUUUCUCCACGGCGUCUCCAGACUCUGUCACGUCUGUCACGUGUUCAGUGUGAACCUGCUUUCAUCUGUGAAGAAUACAGGGCGCACAGUGGCAAAUUUGCCAAUCUUGGUGUUCUCUGGCAAAUGCCAAACGUCCUGCACGGUGUUUGGCUGUAAGCACAACCCCCACCUGUGGACGUCAGGCCCUUAUACCACCCUCAUGGAGUCUUUCUGUCCGUUUGAGCAGACACAUGCACAUUUGUGGCCUGCUGGAGGUCAUUUUGCAGGGCUCUGGCAGUGCUCCUCCUUGCACAAAGGCAGAGGUAGCGGUCCUGCUGCUGGGUUGUUGCCCUCCUACAGCCUCCUUCACGUCUCCUGAUGUACUGGCCUGUCUCCUGGUAGCGCCUCCAUGCUCUGGACACUACGCUGACAGACACAGCAAACCUUCUUGCCACAGCUCGCAUUCAUGUGCCAUCCUGGAUGAGCUGCACUACCUGAGCCACUUGUGUGGGUUGUAGAUUCCGUCUCAUGCUACCACUAGAGUGAAAGCACCGCCAGCAUUCAAAAGUGACCAAAACAUCAGCCAGGAAGCAUAGGAACUGAGAAGUGGUCUGUGGUCACCACCUGCAAAACCAGUCCUUUAUUGGGGGUGUCUUGCUAAUUGCCUAUAAUAUUCCAUUUGCACAACAGCAUGUGAAAUGUAUUGUCACUCAGUGUUGCUUCCUAAGUGGACAGUUUGAUUUCACAGAAGUGUGAUUGACUUGGAGUUACAUUGUGUUGUUUAAGUGUUCCCUUUAUUUUUUUGAGCAGUGUAUUAUUUCAUAGUUUUGAUGUCUUCACUAUUAUUGUACAAUGUAGAAAAUAGUAAAAAAUAAAGAAAAACCCUUGAAUGAGUAGGUGUGUCUUUUGACUGGUACUGUAUAUACCUCUUAUUCCACAUUGUUGUCACAGCCUGUAUUCCAAAUUGAUUAAAUACUCUUUUUUUUUUCUCUCACCCAUCUACACACAAUACCCCAUAAUAACCUCCUGAGUGGCGCAGUGGUCUAAGGCACUGCAUCGCAGUGCUAACUGUGCCACUAGAGAUCCUGGUUCGAAUCCAGGCUCUGUCGCAGCCGGCCGCGACCGGGAGACUCAUGGGCGGCGCACAAUUGGCCCAGCGUCGUCUAGGGUAGGGGAGGGAAUGGCCGGCAGGGAUGUAGCUCAGUUGAUAGAGCAUGGCGUUUGCAACGCCAGGGUUGUGGGUUCGAUUCCCACGGGGGGCCAGUAUAAAAAAAAAAAUAUAUAUAUAUAUGUAAUCACUAACUGUAAGUCGCUCUGGAUAAGAGCGUCUGCUAAAUGACUAAAAUGUAAAUGUAAAUGACAGUGUUUGCUAAUUUAUUGAAAAAUAAAUAAAUAUCUAAUUUACAUAAGUAUUCACACCCGAGUCAAUACUUUGUAGAAGCACUUUUGGCGACAAUCACAGCUUUGAGUCUACUUGGGUAUGUCUGUAUCAGCUUUGCACAUCUGGAUUUGGGGAUUUUCUCCCAUUCUUCCUUGCAGAUUUGAUCAAACUCUGUUAAGUUGGACGCCGAGCGGCGGUGACCAGCAAUCUUCAAGUCUUUCCACAGAUUUUAAAUGGGAUUCAAGUCUGGGCUUUGGCUGGGCCACUCAAGGACUUUCACAUUAUUGUUCUUAAGCCAUUCCAGCAUUGCUUUGGCUGUAUGCUUGGGGUCAUUAUCCUCGUGGAAAGUAUAUCUUCACCCCAGUCUAAGGUCGUUUGCGCUCUGGAGCAGGUUCUCAUCAAGGAUUUGCCUGUAUUUGGCUCCAUUCAUUGUUCCCUGUAUCCUGACCAGUCUCCCAGCCACUGCUGCUGAAAAGCAUCCCCUUAGCAUAGGGUGACGAGCUGUGCCUGGCUUUCUCCAGACAUAGCGCUUUGCAUUCAGGCCAAAGAGUUCAAUUUUAGUCUCAUCAGACCACAGAAGCUUUUGCCUUAUGAUCGGUGUUUCACAUUACUUUUUGCAAACACCAGGCGUGCUGUCAUGUGCCUUUUUCUCAGGAGUGGCUUCCGUCUGGCCACUCUCCCAUAAAGCCCAGAUUGGUGAAGUGCUGUAGAGACUGUUGUCCUUCUAGCAGGUUCUCCCAUCUCAGCCAAGGUAGUUCUGUCAGAGUGAUCGUUGGGUUCUUGGUCACCUCCUUGACCAAGGUCCUUCUUGCCCGGUUGCUCAGUUUGGUUGGAAAGCCAGCUCUAGGCAGAAUCUGGAUAGUUCCAUAUUUUUUCAAUUUCCCAAUGAUGGAGACGACUGUUCCCUUGGAAACUUUCAACACUCUAGAAAUAGUUUUUUAUCCUACUCCAGAUAUACAGUGUGCCUCAUCACAAUUCUAUCUUGGAGAUCUACGGACAGUUCCUUGGACUUCAUGGUAUAGUUUCUGCUCUGACAUGCACUGUCAACUACAAUCAAGUUGUAGUGUCAUCUCAAGGAUGAUCAAAGGAAAUUGGAUGCACCUGAGCUCAAUUUGAAGUGUCAUAGCGAAGGGGUGUGAAUACAUAUGUAAAUUAGAUAUUUGUAUAUUUUAUUUUCAAUACAUUUGCAAACAUUUCUAAAAACAUGUUUUCACUUUGUCAUUAUGGGGUAUUGUGUGUGUGUAGAUGGGUGAGAAUUUUUACAAAUAUUUAAUCAAUUUUGAAUUCAGGCUGUAACAUUUUUUUAAAUGACGUGCCCUCCUAAAACUGGUUAUAUUCUCCAGUUCUGUUUGUGAUAUUAAGAUUGUAACAACGACAGUGUAUUUAUAUAUACUUUUUAAGGAAAAGUCAAGGACGGAGGGGGGCAUGACUUAAAAAAUGGCAGAGUAAUAUAUUUUUUUAAGUUCAUGAGCACUCCAAAUGACUACUUUAGCGGUUCUAGUGUUAAUGGCUAUUUUUUAUGUUUAGUGUUACGGUAAAUCUGUGUAUAAUUUCCCCAUAGUUCAAUUCUAUUAGUAAAAGUUAAGCCUGAGAUGAUCUUCUUGUUAGGUGGGCCUUUGGCACAGUAAGAAAAGAAAGCCACUGUAUGCCCAAUUUUAAAUAAUUUUAAUGAACAGGGAUUUUAAUAAAUCUCUCUGCUGCAGGUGUGACCUGUGUGGACGCUCAUACCGCCAUGCUGGCUCCCUGCUCAACCAUAAAAAGACGCACUCCGAAAACCUCCACCACUGUACCUUGUGCCUCCAGACUUUCCCUGACCCCCUCGCCCUCCAGAUCCACUCCCAGAUGAAGCGCCACUGCUGCCCAGACUGUGGCAAGACCUUCUGUCUCAUCUCGCACCUCCAGAACCACAUGGAGGUGCACUCCAAGGACCGCACCCUGGUCUGCAGCCCCUGCCAUCAGAGCUUCCCCAACCCAGCCAGGUACCAACAACACCAGGACCUGCACCACCGGGCCCAGGGGCAUUAUCAACAACACAACAUGCAAAUGGAGGAUGACCUAGGCUGGGACUCGGGACUAGACCGAACCAUGGGGAUCCAAGGCAUGCCCAAGCUGAUACCGGCGUUUGCCCACAUGCACGGCGGCAUGCCCAACCCACAGGACCAGCAGGAGAGCAACGAGGCUCACGGCACAGGGGAGAAGAGCCAUGUAUGUGAGCACUGCGGCCGCACCUACCGCCAUGCCGGUUCCCUCCUCAACCAUAAGAACAGCCACAAGACAGGCUCCUUCUUCUGCUCCGUGUGCCAGAAGGAGUUCACCAACCUGAUGGCGCUGAAGAACCACCGGCGCAUCCACACUGAGCCCAAGCGCUACCAGUGCCUGGAGUGCGGCAAGGCCUUCCGCGUGUCCACCCAGCUCAUCUGCCACCGGAGGAUCCACACCAAAGAGAAGCCCUUCUCCUGCUUGUUGUGCGACAAGCGCUUCUCCAGCAAGUCAAACCUGCGCCACCACCAGAAGAUGCACCAGAGUGGUGGCCAGGCCUACGAGUCCUCCUUCGGCAUGGAUGCUAACAGUUUUAUGGAUUUGGACAUGGGCUCUUUUCUCUGA